UUCGCACCAAGCUGAGCUCCUCACAGUUUUGAGCUCAUGCUCUAACGGAGUUCGAGGAACCGAGCUCUCCAAGUCGCACAAUAGCUUCAUCCAUAGUGCACGGAAGUUGCUGCGGUUGUUGCUAGGUCCCACAUCCCAAUGCAAUGACUCCUCUCCCUGCUGUUGCUAUUGCCCUGUCCUGUCUCUAGAGGUUGCUCAAUUUUACCGCAUGAGGUGUUGCUGGUCCUGAGCGAGUUUGUUGGAGUUUGUUUGUUUGUUUUGUUUUGUUUUGUUUUUUGUUUUUUUUUUGUUUUUCCUUCUUCUUUCUGCAGCUGGGAGCGUUUGUUCCGGUGGAUGUUCCUUUGUUCAGAUCAAGCAUAUCGAACCCAGAGAGUGGUGUUAUUUAAGUAAUGUGGAAAAAUCAACGUGUUUUUCCCUUCUUUCAUUGUAACGCAAAUUGCAGAAGACUCUGGGUGACCUGAAAGAGUUAGUUGCCUGUGAGAUUUUUUAGAUGGACGGAUGUAUUCAAUCGGAUUCUGGAGGUCGAUAUUCAAUUAGACACACUGUGACGAUGCGUGACUUGAAGGAGAGCUUUGAAAUAGGAGAACUGGUGAUGAUUCCUCAUCUUAUAUUGGUUCGCCCAUAUUCUGAAUUUCAAUCCGCGAGAUAAUUAGAUUCCUGUACGUUCUGAGAUGCAAGAUUUUGAGCACUGGUCUUACAAUUCCACCUCGAUCGGAAAUUGGUCACGUGGCGUUGUUUAUCUUCAAUCGGUCAUUUACAGAUUUUUUUUGGUUGAGCUACGUCUUCAGGCUUUGUAUCCAACUACAAGUGAGCUCUUCAUCAAUGUGUUGACUUGAUCUGCAGCAGGAGGUUUUGGCAGGAAAGGUUAUUCUGUAAAGGCUUGGUGCAAUCAACAACAAGUAGCAGGUCAGACAGAUUCUCUCAAGAUGGCGAGUCUUGCAGUGGGCCUGAUUUUAGAGAAGAUUGCCUCAAAAGACAAGGAUUUCCGAUACAUGGCCACAUCUGACCUGCUGAAUGAGCUUCAGAAAGAUAACUUUAAGUUAGAUACAGAUACUGAACGCAAAGUUUCACAAAUUGUUCUUCAACAACUGGACGAUGCUUCUGGGGACAUUUCAGGGCUUGCAGUCAAGUGCUUGGCGCCAUUGGUGAAAAAGGUCCAUGAAGGUAGAGUUGUGGAGAUUGUAGAGUCCUUGUGCCAAAAACUCCUCACUGGUAAAGAGCAACAGCGAGAUAUUGCAAGUAUAGCACUGAAGACAGUAGUGGCUAAGAUUUCCACUGGGAAUGUUGCACAAUGUGUUGUUGUCUCCCUCACACCGAAGAUGAUCAAGGGCAUUACUAAUCCGGAUACAAGUACAGAGGUGAAGAGCGAGUGCCUGGACAUCUUGUGUGAUGUACUCCAUUGUUUUGGAAGUCUCAUGACUGCAGAUCAUGAGAAAUUAAUGAAUGCGCUCUUGGUGCAACUCAAUUUGCAACGUGCAGGGCUCCGAAAGCGUGCCAUUCAGUGUCUCGCGACCUUGGCUGCCACCAUGUCUGAUGACCUUCUUGCAAGAGCUACUGUAAAUGUCGUUCAGUUACUGAAAAACAAAGAUGUGAAGCCAGACAUGACCCGCACAAAUAUUCAGAUGAUUGGGGCAUUCUGCCGUGCGGUUGGUUAUCGUUUUGGUCCACAUUUAAAUGAAGUUGUCCCACUUCUUAUUAGCUACUGCCAUAAUGCAUCCGAGAACGAUGAUGAACUUCGAGAGAAUAUAUUACAGGCAUUAGAAAUUUUCAUUUUACGCUGCCCUAGAGAUGUUUCUCCUCACACCGACUUAAUCUUGGGUCUGGCACUGGAGUAUUUGAGUUACGAUCCCAAUUUUACGGAUGAUAUGGAUGAAGAUCAGGAUGAGGUUACGGAUGGUGAAGAAGAUGAAGACGAGGAGAGUGCAGAUGAGUAUAGUGAUGAUGAAGAUAUGAGCUGGAAAGUACGAAGGGCUGCAGCUAAGUGCUUAUCGGCUGUAAUCUCUUCGAGACCUGAGAUGAUUUGCACCCUCUAUAUUAAAGCCAGCCCAAAAUUGGUUGAGCGCUUCAAGGAGAGGGAGGAAAAUGUGAAGAUCGAUGUCUUCAAUGCCUUUAUCGAUCUACUUCGGCAAACAGCAAAUGUGACCAAAGGCUCUGGAUGCAUCGCUAAUCCAUCUAGCCCUUUGCAUAUCCUGCAGCAAGAAGUACCGAAGGUUGUCAAGUCACUCAACAAGCAGCUUCGUGAAAAAUCUUUAAAGACGAAGGUGGGGGCAUUCUCUGUGUUGAAGGAGCUGGUCAUUGUGCUACCCAAUUCCCUAUCUGAACAUAUGGGUUCCUUAGUUCCAGGCAUCGAGAAGGCUUUGAACGACAAGGCAUCAAAUUCUAACUUGAAGAUUGAAGCGUUGGUAUUUACCCGACUGGUUAUGGCUUCUCAUUCAUCAGCAGUGUUUCACCCCCACAUCAAGGCCCUGUCAGCACCUGUGCUUGCUGCUGUAGGAGAGAGAUAUUACAAAGUGACUGCAGAGGCUUUAAGAGUUUGCGGAGAGCUUGUCAAAGCCAUCCGCCCUAAUUUCGAUACUCCCCCUACUUUCGACUUUGUACCGUUUGUGCAUCCUAUUUACAGCAACAUCUACAAGCGCUUGACUGCUCAAGACCAAGACCAGGAAGUUAAGGAAUGUGCAAUAUCUUGCAUGGGACUUGUUAUUUCCAUUCUUGGAGAUCAUCUUAAGAACGAGAUGGGCACAUGCUUGCCAUUGUUGUUAGAGCGAUUACGCAAUGAAAUUACAAGACUCACAGCUGUGAAGGCAUUUGCUACUAUCGCUGAAUCUUCUUUGAACAUAGACUUAUCUUCAGUCUUAGAGCAAGUUGUUACGGAACUGACAACAUUCUUGCGCAAGGCCAACCGAGCUCUGCGACAGGCCUCGUUGGUCACAUUGAAUUCAUUGCUUACCGCUUACAGCAGCAAAAUUAGCCCGGCCAGCUACGAAUCUAUUGUCACAGAAUUAUCCUCCCUUAUUAGUGAUGCAGACCUACAUAUGACAGCAUUAACAUUGGAAUUAUGCUGCACCAUGAUGAUUGAUAAAAAGCACCACGCUAAUGCAGGUGCUGCUAUUCGGGAACGUGUGUUGCCUCAAGCUCUUAUUCUUGUAAAAAGUUCGUUACUUCAGGGUCAAGCGUUGCAGACACUUCAAGCCUUUUUUGCGGCUCUGGUACAAUCAGCAAACACUAGUUUUGAUGUAUUGUUAGAUGCUUUACUAUCCACUGCAAGGAGUGCAUCCCCUGGGGGUCCUGCCAGCAAACAGGCAUUCCAUUCUAUUGCGCAAUGUGCAGCUGUGUUGUGUCUGGCAGCUGGGGACGCAAUGUGCUCUGAGACUGUGAGCAUGUUGAUUACCACGUUAAGGAGUAGCAAUGGCACAGAUGCAACUCAGUUGUUGUCCUUGUUAUGCUUGGGUGAGAUUGGGAGAAGAAAGGACCUGAGUAGUCACUCCAACAUUGAAUUGGUAGUGAUUGGUUCUUUUCAGUCCCCAUCUGAGGAGAUCAAGGCAGCCGCAUCGUUUGCUUUGGGUAAUAUCGCCGUCGGUAAUUUGGCCCAGUAUCUGUCUCUCAUCCUUACCCAAAUCGAUCGCCAGGCUAAACUUCAGUAUCUACUACUACAUUCUUUGAAGGAGGUCAUAGCGCGCCAAUCCAUGGAUGGUGGGGCAAAAGGAAAAAUGGAUUUGCAAGACGCAGAUGUUCAGAAAAUCCUUAGUUUACUGUUUACACAUUGCGAGAGUGAAGAGGAGGGGGUACGCAAUGUUGUAGCGGAGUGCCUGGGAAAACUGGCGCUUAUUGAACCGGAGAAAUUGGUACCUGCUCUCAAGGAACGCACAGCGAGUCCAUCAGCUUACACUAGAGCAACAGUUGUUAUAGCAAUAAAAUUCACUAUCGUUGAGCGACCACAACCUAUUGAUUCCUACAUCAAGUCAUGUAUCUCAUCAUUUCUGUUACUUAUCAAGGACGAAGACAGGCAUGUAAGAAGGGCUGCAGUGUCAGCGUUGAGUACGGCAGCUCACAACAAGCCAGCGCUAGUGAAAGAUUUACUGCCCACUCUAUUGCCACUCCUCUAUGAUCAAACAGUGGUCAAGAAAGAGCUCAUCAGAACCGUGGAUCUUGGACCUUUCAAGCAUAUUGUGGAUGAUGGACUAGAACUCAGAAAGGGGGCUUUUGAAUGUGUGGAUACCUUGCUCGACAGCUGCCUCGACCAGAUUGAUCCUUCGUAUUUCAUCACUCCUCACCUGCUCUCUGGUUUAGCAGAUCAUUAUGAUGUGAAAAUGCCCUGCCACCUUAUCUUGUCAAAAUUAUCCGCGAAGUGUGGGGGUGCAGUUCUAGCUGUGAUGGAUGCGCUUGUGGAGCCCUUGGAAAAAACAAUUCAACACAAAACGAAAGCUGAUGCUGUGAAGCAAGAGGUUGAUCGCAAUGAAGAUAUGAUCCGAAGUGCUCUUCGUGCAAUUGACUCACUAAAUCGGAUAAGUGGCGAGCCUACACCUCGAUUCAAGGCUUUCAUGAACCAUGUGGUGAAGGUAGGUCCACUUGCUGAGAAGUACAAUGCAGUGCGUCAUGAGAGUGACACGCUGGGAGCUGGAGACAUCAUGGACCUGAAUUAAAUUGUCUGCUACCUAGUUCUAAAGCAAUGUCGACUGCAGCACUACUCAUGCUUGCCGUACAACAUGAGUUCCAAUUCAUUCCUCCAUGUCAUUCCGUUUUAUUUGUUCAAAAUGCUGGUUUUACGUGGACCCCUUUCUCUCUGGUUGGAACAAAAAAAGUUGACGAAUUGAACGUUGUAAGCUGUAAUUUAGUAGACGUCCUUGACAUUCUUUGAAGAUGUUUCGCGGGUGUUAUCAGGAAGGUUAGAACUUUCUAAUUGCUAGGAUACUUUCCUAGUGUUGGAACUUCUCUGUUGGUGAAGGCUUAGUGGUUGCUAGUUGCUAGUUGCUUCCCCAACUUUUUGUUAUCAGCAUUCAUAACUUUGUUCCCCAGGUAAUUUGCCUCGAAUAGACCCUGAGCAGCACAGCCCCUGUGUUGAUGUAUUGGACCGUUCAACCAGUUGGCAAUGUAAAGACAGUGCCUUAACCAGUCUUUUUGCCAUUUCUGUUGGGCCUUCACUCAA